CCACCCAAGACGGAUCUCCUUUCCCAUUCCUAUUUCGGCUGUUCCCGUUCCAACAUUGUCCCCAAGUCGCUUUCCGAUGUUCCGACACCGAAUUACGUAGCAAAAUCCAAAUCGAAAAUCACGACAAUAUUGAACUCAAGUUGGAAUGGUAUUCAACUUCCACCUAAUUCUUGCCGGCUACCCAAUUUAGUCGUUAGAGUUCUGAAUAUCGUCACCAACAUAGAAACUUCGUUCAUCUUCAACUUUCUUCUUAUAGCAAUCCCAUCAUGAGAAUAUAAAAUUCCUGUUUUUCACAGAAAUCCCAUUUGCUUUUUUUUUCUGUUUUUCUAGACUCUAAUCAUUUUUCUCUGGUGAUCCCGGUAAAAUAUUAUUACCAUCAUGUCGAUUGAUUUGGGAUCAUUGUCAGAGGCCACCUCAGGGGCCGUUGGAGCACUGGUUAGCACCACCGUCUUGUACCCUCUUGACACCUGCAAAGCUAAGUUCCAGGCUGAGCUUCGAGCCCAUGGUCAACGCAGAUACAGAAAUCUUUCAGAUGUUUUAUUGGAGGCAAUUUCAACUGGUCAAGUUUUUUCAUUGUACCAGGGGCUUGGUACCAAGAACUUACAAUCUUUUAUUGCUCAGUUUGUUUAUUUUUAUGGAUAUAGCCACUUUAAGAGACUCUACUUGGAGAGGACUGGCUACAAAUCAAUUGGCACAAAAGCCAACUUGAUUCUUGCUGCUGCAGCUGGAGCUUGUACUGCCAUUGCUACUCAACCCCUGGAUACAGCUUCCUCAAGGAUGCAGACAAGUGCAUUUGGGAAGUCAAAAGGCCUCUGGAGAACACUUACAGAAGGCAGUUGGAGUGAUGCAUUUGAUGGCCUUGGAAUUUCUCUUCUAUUGACUUCCAACCCAGCCAUUCAGUAUACAGUUUUUGAUCAACUGAAACAAAGAAUGUUGACGAGCAAGCGGGCUAACAACGAUGUGGGAUCAUCCGCUGUAGCACUUUCUGCAUUGUCUGCUUUUGUCUUAGGUGCCCUCUCCAAGAGUGUAGCCACAGUUUUGACAUAUCCUGCGAUAAGGUGUAAAGUCAUGAUUCAAGCUGCUGACGCAAAUGAUGAAGUGGAUAAGAAAGUCAAAGUGGAUAGCAAAGCGAAGCCAAAAUCCAGGAAGACUAUCUCCAGUGUUCUUUGCUCUAUCUGGAGGAAAGAAGGGAUUCCAGGGUUUUUUAAGGGACUGCAAGCUCAAAUCUUGAAAACAGUUCUAAGCUCAGCAUUGCUGUUAAUGAUUAAGGAAAAGAUCUCUGCAACAACUUGGGUCCUUCUACUUGCAAUGAGGAGGUUAUUGAUGCUUAAUCAGGCUAGAUUAAAGAAUGCAUAAUGAUAGCGAUGAUGACGGCAAGUGCAAUACUGUUUGUACAGAACUAUCCCAGGAGGUAGCAAAAUGCUAAAGAUUUAAUAAGUUAAGUUUCAGUGAAGCAACAGGAAAAUCUGUCUGCUUUUCAAAAGGAUUCUUUGGUUCUUUGGAUGCAAGAAUUUGUUAGAUCCGCCGCAUGUGUUUUGGUGAAAUAUAAAUAAAUUGAUGCAAAAAUGUUCAAUUA